UUCAGAAAUGGAAUCAUCGUCGGCACCAUCUUCUGAGUUAGAUAUCUUUACCAGUAUAGACGAAUCGAUUCAACGGUUUUCAGCUCACAGUGGAUUGGAUGAAGUUGAUGGCUUUGACAACUCUGUUGAUCAGUUUAUAGACAAUAUUGUGAGGCCAUCACAAGAUGGCGCUGCACAACCAAGAACAUCCUUACCAGUGCACGCAAAGAGAAGGAGAGAACUUAGUGAUGACUGGAGAGCUGAUUAUAGUAAAAAAGUUGCAAAAUUACAAGAAGAAAUCUCUUUAUACGAGGAUGAACUUCAACAUCAGGAGAAUCAGGCACUGGAGUUCACUAAUGAGGAAAUUACCCAAGUUAUGAAACAUUUUCGUAAUGCACCAGAUGCAUCUGAGUUUGAGAAAGAAUAUUCUCAGAAGGCUAAGCAUGUUGAUGAUGAUGAUGAUGAUACCGACUCUCUGCACAGAAAACUUGCUGCUGUCACCAAGUUAAAAACCAAGGUCGAUGACCGAAUUCAGCAGGAAAUGGCAGGAUUUCUCCGAAACAUUGAACACAACAAAAAUCUUCAGCAGUUCUUCCGAGGUUUUGUAUGCUGUGCUAAGUGGAGUAAAUACAGACACAAAACAUUUCAGCAUUACAAGAAAGUUUACCCACAGAUUGUACAGUUGGUAGGUGGUCCUACAGGUGAUAGUUUAUGCUUCCACCACCCAAAACAUGCAGGGCCAAUUUUUACAAUUAAUUGGAAGAUGGUAUUGACAUCUAAUUAUAAAUUAGUACCAAAUAUUGAUUGUUUUAUUAAAGUACCUGACAAUUUGAUUCAGAUAGAUGAGAAAAAUACGUUAAAAAAUGUUGGUGUUAAGUUUCGACAAAUGGUAAAAGUUCUUGGUGUGGACAGAGCUAUUGAUACCAUGAUAAGAACAACAUGUACAUAAUGAGUGUGAUGUAACAAAAGUUUGAAAUUAUUUAUUAUUUGAUGUUUAUUUAUUAUUUGAUAUAUAAACAUGUGUAUCUACAACUGUCCUGGGCCAUUUUAAUUUUUAAUCCGGGAAACCAAGUUGCAACGCUGCCAGGC